CAAAUCGCUACAGAUUAGUUGUAAAUUCCUCAAAAUUCCACCCUCAAGCCCUCCGUUCAAAUUAUUCUCAACAUCUUUUUUCCUUUUUGUUUAGCAAAGCUUUAAUCUAAAGUGUUAAUGGGGCAUCGUGAAGCUUACACUUUUAGUGCCUGGAAAUGGCUAGGCUUUGUUUCUGCAGUAUGGGUCCAAGCCAUUGCAGGCAAUAACUAUACAUUUUCCAACUACUCUGAUGCUAUCAAGACGAUUAUGAACCUUACUCAGCUUCAGCUCAACAAUUUGUCCGUGGCUAAAGAUGUCGGUAAAGCUUUUGGUCUCAUUUCCGGCCUCGCCUCCGAUCGUUUGCCGACCUCCGUAAUUCUCCUUAUUGGCUCCAUUGAAGGGUUGGUCGGUUACGGUAUUCAAUGGCUAGUCGUCAGCCGGAAAAUUCAACCACUUCCUUAUUGGCAGAUGUGUAUAUUCAUGUGCAUGGGUGGCAACAGCAGCACAUGGAUGAACACGGCGGUGUUAGUGACUUGCAUGCGCAACUUCCGUCGCAACCGUGGCCCGGUUUCCGGCAUCUUAAAAGGGUACGUCGGCCUCAGCACCGCCAUUUUCACAGACCUCAGCACCGCCCUUUUUGACAAAGAUCCCUCCAAAAUCCUCGUCUUGCUUGCUGUCAUCCCUUUCGCCGUUUGCCUUACCGCCGUCUUCUUUCUCCGUGAAAUCCGCCAAUCUGCUCCCGUCGCUACGGAAAAUGAAGAAGAUCGAUACUUUACGAUAUUCAACGAAGUUGCCGUCGUGAUUGCUGUUUAUCUUUUAACGUACGACCUCAUCGGCUCGACCAAUCAAGUUGUGUCACUCGUUUUUGCUAUCAUUCUUCUUAUUUUACUAGCUAGUCCGUUGGCGGUUCCGGUUUAUUCUUUUAUAAAGAGUUGGCGCUUGGUCGGGUUCGAACCCGACAUGGAGCAACAGGAACCGUUGCUGGAACAAGAAGCUAACACAACAACGGCGGAGAAAAGGGAGGUCACUGAAGAGGAACAACCGGUUGUGGCGGCUGGGGAAGCGGUGACGGCGGUGGAAAAGAUUAGGCCGGUGAUCGGAGAAGAACACACGGUAGUCGAGAUGAUGCAAACGUGGGACUUUUGGCUUCUUUUCGUGUCGUUUUUGUGUGGGGUGGGGACCGGUAUGGCGGUGAUAAACAACAUGGCGCAGAUCGGUUUGGCCCUUGGCCACGCAAAUGUUUCCAUUUUCGUGUCGUUCAUCAGUAUCUGGGGUUUCUUCGGUCGGAUCAUUUCGGGUUCGGUUUCGGAGUAUUUUCUCAAGAGAGCUGGAACACCUAGGCAUGUUUGGAACGCAGCAUCUCAGAUCCUGAUGGCAGUUGGGUUCUUUCUAAUGGCAUUGGCAAUGCCCGGUUCCCUUUACAUUGGUUCAAUCGUUGUCGGUAUCUGUUACGGAGUCCGUCUAGCCGUGUCGGUCCCUAUCGCCUCGGAAUUAUUCGGUCUCAAAUAUUUCGGUUUGCUCUACAAUAUCUUAAUCCUCAACCUUCCCAUUGGUUCUUUCCUCUUCUCAGGCCUGCUCGCCGGUUACCUAUACGACGCGCAAGCAAUUCCGACACCAGGAGGUGGGAAUACCUGUGUGGGAGCACAUUGUUAUAGGCUGGUGUUCAUCGUAAUGGCUAUAGUCUCGGUUAUCGGAUUCGGCCUGGAUGUUUUGCUGGCAAUAAGAACUAAGAACGUUUACACCAAGAUAUUCACCAGCCAGAAAUCGAAGAAAUCAUUGACCACGUCAAAUGGCCAACGGUAAACAAUGCAGCAAAAGAGUAAGUUGCACGAUUGCUGAACUUUUAUCUUAUCAGCAAUUGUAUUCAAUAAUAUGAUAUGUUUUGGAUAUGCAACAACAACAACAAAACCCUAUUCCCAUAUGCAAUGGGAUAAG